UGUGCCACGACGCAGCCGAGGAGCACCAGCUGGAUCGGUUCCAGGUGUCCGAGGUGCAGUGCAGCAGCUGCCGGCUCCUGCAGAAGGUGCGUCCGGGAGGUUAUGGCCUGCUGUUGUGUCAGGGGAGGUUUAGGAUGGAUGGCAAGGAAAGUUCUUGACCCAGAGGCACUGGAACAGGCUCCCGGGGGAAGGGGUCACGGCCCCAGUCCUGGCACAGGUCAGGAGGCUUGUGGGCAUUGCAGUCAGGCACCUGGUGGGACGCUCGGAGCACUCCUGUGCGGGGCUGAGUGUUGGACAUUGUGAACCUUGUGGAUCCCUUUCCAGCUCAGGAUGUCCUGUGAUUGGAGAGCAUAUGGCACAGGACUGUGUCCAGGCGGUUCUGGAAUAUCUCCAGUGAGGGAGACUCCACAGUCUCUCUGUUCCAGGCCACAGGAAGGAAGCUCUUCCUCCUGUGCAGGUGGAGCUGCCUGUGCAUCAGCUUCUGCCAAUUGCCUCAGCCUGUUUCUGGGCAGCACGGAACAGAGGCUGAUUACAUCCUCUUGGCACCUUCCACAUCCCUGCAGACAUGGCUUCGAUCUUCUCAGCCAUCCCUUAUCAGGGCCCAGCUCCCUCAGCCUGUCCUCUCCACUCUGUUGAUCACUUCUUAGCUCCCAGCCUUGCUCCAAGAGCUCCACACCCCUUUGGAGCCUGGAAGCAGGCACAGCACUCAGGACAUUGAUGUCCCCUCAGGCCCAGCAGCACUGUGAGGGCUGUGGCAGCCUCUUUGGGGAGUACUACUGUGACAUCUGCCACCUGUUUGACCGUGACAAGAAGCAGUACCACUGCCAGGAGUGCGGCAUCUGCAGGAUUGGCCCCAAGGAGGAUUUCUUCCACUGCUCCAAGUGUAAUUUGUGCCUGAGCCUGAGUCUCCAAGGAAAGCACAAGUGUAUUGAAAAUGUCUCCAGGCAGGACUGUCCAAUAUGUUUGGAGGAUAUUCACACAUCUCGUGUUGGAGCCCAUGUUCUGCCAUGUGGUCACCUUCUUCACAGAACAUGUUACGAUGAAAUGCUGAAGGAAGGCUACAGGUGUCCCUUGUGCAUGCACUCGGCCUUGGACAUGACCAGGUACUGGCGCCAGCUGGACAACGAGGUGGCACAGACUCCCAUGCCCACCGAGUACCAGAACAUGAUGGUGGAGAUCCUUUGCAACGACUGCAACGCCCGCUCCACGGUGCAGUUCCACCUGCUGGGCAUGAAGUGCCAGAGCUGUGAGUCCUACAACACGGCCCAGGACGGGCGGUGCCGGCUGUCCUUGGAGGAGCAGUGACUGGGGCAGGCUCGGCCGGGCCCCGGCAGAGACUGGUUUGGGAACAAAGCAACUCUUGUGUCAGUAAAAAUUCCAGUUUUCCCAGUUCAAGGAGUCCUGUGCUGCGUCGGGGAGCAGGCAGGUGAGAGGAGCAGCACGAGGAGAUGUGGCGAGCGGCCGGCGCAGCGGCAGGAGGAGUUUGGAGGCAGCUGAAGGGGAAGGGAGGUGGAGAGGCAGCUCUGGGGGAAAAUGGGUCGCUUUGAGAGGCCUUUGGGGCUAGUGCCAGCAUCCACAGGGCAGUGUGUGGGGAUGUUGUGUUCCCUGGGGAUGAUGUGUGUGCCUCCUGGAAAUGAUGGCCAGUGGGCAGCAGUGGCAUCCUCAGCUCCCUUCGAGCACUGUCACCUGUGUGUACAGAAUUCCCUUGAAACAAGGGAAUUGCCCUGCCUGCUGGGAUGAGCAGCUGGAAGAUCCAGGUGCAAAGCCCCCCGUUUCCCCCUGGACACCUAUCCUGACUCGCUGCUGUCUCUCUGCUCAGAUUCCUUUGCCAGCUGCAGUCACUUUUUCCCUGUUUCUUCCUUGUUUUGCUCUGUUCACUGGCAAAGGCUGAGGUGGUGUGGGGUUUAAGACUCAUACAUAGCUGGAUUUUGCUGGUUAGGUACCUAAAGUGAAACACAUCCUCCACAUCAGGCUGAGCCUGGGAUGUUCACUGAAAUAAAGCAGCCCAGGGUCCAGUUUUCUGUGGUUUUUUGGUGUUUGUUCAUGGUCGAACUUCACUGGGGGGAGAACCACUGCCUUUUGAAAGAAAUAAAAACCCCAAUUCCACCCUCUUUCAUGUAACAUUCUGCCUGAGGUGUUUUGCAGUCCUAAAUAUUGCAGGAAGUCCUCUGUGAAUUUCACAUGCAGACACUUUACAGUAAUAAGAUGUAAAAAAAGGUUGGUUCCUCUUCAGGUUAUAAUUACUCAUUUUUAACUUGUUCUGUUGUAAAAUGAACUUUUCUUAAUCCAGCAGUGCCCGUUUUCUGUAGGGAAUAUUUAGGAUUUGGAUGGUAGCUAUUGUAGCUUGCCUUGACUGGGGUAUCUUUUUCCGGAGCACUUUUCUCACUGCUAUAAAUAAAUGUAAAAAAAGGUCUCUAUUAAAAUAAACAAACUACA